AUGGAUGCUAGAAAUAGAUUUAUGUCUUUUGAUACAACUAAUCUUCUCGAUCCUCCGAGACCAUCCUAUACUUUUUCCAUUUACAGUCGUGCAUUAUUUGAAAAGUCAAAGUUCAAGGACUAUGACUCGUUACUUGAGAGUAAGCUAGCUCGUUCUGAAGCUAGAGCAAAUCAUUUUGCAACGAUUCUUGAAAAUGGUAACACGAUUGGUGCAAAUGGAACUCUGGCAAGGCCACACGGCACACAUGAGAGUAAAAGGGACAAAGGAAAGUUUCCGAAAACAACAAGGGUACAUUUGGUAGAAGGUGAGUAUGUUGCAACUUUUACUAUUGGCAGUGAAGAAACUAAAUCUUUCUUGCUAAUAGACACUGGAAGUGAUUUAGUUUGGUGGCAAUGUAAACCAUGUAGACCAAAUAAGUGUUACAGUCAAAAAAAUCCUAUAUAUGAUUCAACUAAAUCUAGAACAUACCGACAACUCGAUUGCAUUGUGGAAACUUCUAGUUGUCAAGUCGCGUCCAAGGUCUAUCAAUGUACUGAGUUUGGUAAUCAGUGUCUCUAUGAUUACAAAUACGUGGAGGGAUCGAUAACAAAAGGUUGGAUUGCAGAAGACGUGAUUACUUUUUAUUUAGACUUAGGUCGGGUAAGGAUUCUUUUCGGAUGUGGCAUAGAUCAAACGAGUGGAACACAAUUUAAUGGUGAAUAUUCAGGAAUUGCAGGGAUCGGGCGUAGAGUGUUGAAAGGUGGAUAUUCUUUACCAUCGCAAUUGGAGGCAGACAUAAUGGCAAUGUGUCUACCGGGGACUUACUCCACGAAAGCAUCAACAAUUAGCUUCCACACAACGCCAUUUAAGAAGACAACAUCAGCAGGACUAUUACCAAAUUUCAGAUUCCCUAAUUUUUAUUUCGUCAACCUUUAUAAAAUUUUCAUCAAUGAUAAGGAAAUCCCAUUUUUCCCAUCAUUGUCGCGGAAUUUUGGAAAUUAUGACAUGACCGGUGGUUGCAUCGUGGAUACAGGAACAAUUAUGUCCUGUUUCCCAAGAGAUUUUCAUACUGUAUUCCGUGACACAUUCAGAAAGGAAGUACGAGGUAUUCCUAUGAUGGAGGUUCCACUUGGAGCUUUCGACACUUGCUAUAUAGAGGAACCAGGUGUGGUACCAACUUUCCCCGUUGUGAAGAUGUACUUCGGCCACCAAAGCCCGGAUAAUUUGUUGUUACUGCAACAACUGCGAGUCGUGGUGCACAUUAGGGGGCUAUUCUGUCUGGCAUUUUUGCCAUGGGACCAAAACGUUGCAAUUAUAGGAAAUCAUCAACUUCAAGGUGUAGGAUUAACUUUUGACACUGGAACAGACACUUUGUCUUUUGACUUAGAUGCAUGUUAG